UACUUGCGCAAAGCACGCUGCACUGUCGUCAGAUAAGGAUUUUUCCGCUGAAUCAGAGGAGCAAGUUUCCAGUAUAAAAGCGGUGCACGGCGCACAAUCUUUGAUAUUGCACUAAGAUGUUACGAGUCGUUGUGCUGAGUGUUUUUAUUAUUGGAUGCUUCGGCACCGCCUUGAGGGGAUACCCUCCACUUCCGGAUACCCAUAUCGUCGGAGGAGUCGAGGCUGACAUACGUCAGCAUCCGUACCAACUAAGCCUGCAAACCAGCGGGCACGUUUGCGGUGCCUCGAUCAUCAGCAGCGAAUGGGCUGUCACUGCUGCUCAUUGCGUCGGAUCAGUUGCCAGCCGUUACAGUCUUCGAGCUGGUAACAGUAAUAAAAAUCUUGGAACUCGUUACCUCAUUGACACCAUAGUGAUACAUCCCAACUACGACCGAACAAUUAUCGACCACGACGUUGCGCUCUUGAAGGUCAGUGGUGGGUUCAGCUUCGGUCCAACUGUACAACCUAUCAAGUUAGCGGACGAGGAGGUUCCGGCUGAUACCAUGGUGAACGUAACUGGCUGGGGUGCACUCAGACAAGGUGGAAUGACAUCGUCGCAACUCAUGAGGGUAUCUAUCCCCAUAGUAAGCAGAACAAAGUGCGAGGAAGCUUAUCAGGGACUGAAUGCCAUAACCAGCCGUAUGAUAUGCGCUGGCUACACCGAAGGUGGAAAGGACUCUUGUCAAGGUGACUCCGGAGGACCGUUAACAGCCAGCGAAACCCUUUACGGUAUCGUGUCCUGGGGCUACGGAUGCGCUAAACCAGAAUACCCAGGUGUUUACACAAACGUAGCUAAUUUACGCUCUUGGAUUAAGGAAAUUAGUGGAGUGUCAUUGCCGAAAUAUUUGGCCAUAUCACUUUUCACCAGAAUUCAGUUCAGACAGUCGUAUUCUUCAAUCGACAUCGAAAUGUUUAAGAAAAUAUUAUUACUUGUAUGCGUUAUUUUCUGUGAUACUAAGACUGUGUUUGAAAAUACCAAAUACGUGGAUAUCAGAGAAUAUCCUUACCACGUGUCCAUCGAGAAACACGGGAUUCAUGCGUGCAGCGGUGCACUGGUGCACGAAUCGUGGAUCGUAACCGUUGCGUCCUGCGUUUUUCGGACAGACCCGUCCACGGUGACCGUGCGAGUGCGUACAUCCACCCUUUCCACCGGCGGAGAUGAAUUGAAAGUGAGCAACGUUGUUGUACACGAAAAUUUUAAUGAAUACGUGUUACUCAAUGACAUCGCCCUAAUAAAGCUGAAAAUUCCUGUACAAUUCGGAGAGAAAUUGCUGCCAAUCGGAGUACCAGAAAACGAGGACUACGAACUCGAUUAUGGAACGAUGUGUUUCGUGACAGGCUGGAAGCAGACGCUGCCCGGUCCAGCGGAAUCUCGACUUUCAGUGACGACAGUGCCUUUAGUGAAUCGGAGUAGCUGCGUUUCAAAAAUGCCCCCCUACCAACCUGUCCUCCAGAGUAUGCUUUGCGCGGGCAACAUGACUCAGGGGGUGGAGACGUGUCAGGGUGAUCCCGGUGCUCCGCUGAUGGAAGGCCAGACGCUGAUUGGUGUUCUAUCCUAUGGAUUAGGGUGUAAAACUAUGAUACAUCCAGCCGUGUAUGUUCGUGUCAGCAGUUACCUAACGUGGAUCUCGACGAACACCGACGUCCACUAUACACGAGUAACAAGAAAAUUUUCAUCCAAGAAAACUUUACCGCACUAAAAUCAAACAAUUUCUACCCUUAAAAUUCGAAUAAAAAAGAAUUCCAGGAAAU